GUCUGUUUGGCUCUAGCUAGCUCUGGCUGCAUUUACUUUCCAACUUGAUUACCAACCAAAACCAUUCAAUUGCGAGUAGUGCGUGCUCCAACAACUACGUUUAGAUUUUCGUACGCGUAGUUUGUGACGAAUAAAUUUAUUUUUUAAUUUUUUUUUAAUACGAGACAAGUUAAAAAAGGAUGUGCAAAGAAAAAGAAGUGAAUUUUUAAUUUAAGAAAAGAAGCUAAAUAAAAAAAAUUCCUUUAGUGAAAACAAAAAAUUGCAAGGAAUUUUAAGAAUAUAAAUAAAAUCAAUCGGUUUAUAUAUAAAUAAAUGUAAAAGAAAAAUAAUUUAUUUUACUUUGUAUAAAAGCUAGUAAAAAAGUGUGGCUAAAAAUACUAUAAAGCUAAAAGAAAAAACAAAAAUAAAGUUGGAAAAAUUUCAAGUGAAAUUUUAUGCAAAAUAUACAUAGAAGAUAGCCAAGAAGAAAGAGCCACCAUAUUAAAAAAAGGCCACAUAAAUUUGCAGUUAAAGUUUUAAAAUAGAUUUUCCGUUUAAAGUUUCCAAGAAAAGUUGGAGUAUUAAAUUUGUAUAUUUGUACUUCUGGACGCAUUAGAGACAUUUUGCACACACAGAUAGAAAUUCCCUUGCGUUUUUUCCCUUCUAUCUCCCCAUCAUCAUUCAACACUCUUUUUGAACUUCUUUCACGAGUUGGGGCCCGCUCCAAUCUACACAUAGAAAAAAAGAUAAUUUUCUAAUUUAUACAAAGAUGAAGUAACUUUGGAAUUUAUGUAUAAUAAUUUAAUCAUCGUUCAGCAACGUAUUAGCCAGCCGUUGUAGUAGCAGUAGCUGCAUUAACAAAAUUACGAAUUGAAAAUUAAUUUGAGAAAAAAAAUAUAAAAAAAAAAUUUGCAUUUUUUACGAACGAAAACAAUUAGUUUUUUAAGCAAAAGUCAUAGAAAAAUUCAAAUAAAAAGUAAGAAGACAAAAUAAAACAAAAACAUCUUCAAGAUGUUGCCAAAAUUUUUAACACAUUUGCAUAAGAAGACGUCACAGAAGGCGGCAACGAAAACGACAGCAACGACGACGACGAGGCGUUACUGGUGUUGCACAUUUCCUUUAGUGCUAUUGAGUUUACUAGUGGUUCUACAUUCUGGCAGCAGCAAUGCUGAAAGAGAUUUUAAUUUCAAUGAUUCACAGGUUCCUUUACUUGAACCCAAGGAUGAACCCAUAUUAAUUGAUCAUAAUAGCGGCAGCAGCAGUAGUAGUUUUCAACCACAUCAACUGAAUCAUCAUAAUCAUCAUCAUCAUAGCCAACAUGAUGAACAGGACCCCUAUGCUGUGGAAUUGUCACACUGUCGUUAUAAUGACAAUGAAAUUGUUUUGUCACUUGUAUUGAAAAAUUACAAUUGGCACGAUUUCAAUGACAGUCGCAAGGCCAAAGUUUUAGAGAAAUUAUCACAAUUCUUUGCCAUACCAAAGGAAUUUAUCACCAUGGAAAGUGUAACAAAACAUGAAUUGUUUGAAAUGCAAAAGGAAUCAUUGAAAAAAGGAAACAAUAAGUGCCAUAAUAAUAAUCGUAAAUUGGGACGUGUUAAUUUUAUUAUCGGUUGUGGUUCUACAUAUUUUACAGUCACCGAACCAAUUAGCAAACAAAUUGGCCAACAGGUUAAGGAUGGUGCUUUAGACAGUAUAACAGGAGAGAAAUUCGGUUGGUGGGUUAUCUGGCGUAAACAAUACAAAACCAGAUCAGUGCGUAACCGCAGACAAAUUGAGGGUUCCGGUGAUGAUGAUGAAGAUGAUGAUUAUUAUGAUUAUGAUGACGAAAAUGACGAUAUCGAUACCACCACCAGCACUACACAUGCUCAUCGUCAUCAUCAUGGUGAUGAAACGUCUGAAAUCACAUCAAACAAGUUAGAGGUUACAAAUGAUAAAAGUGACAACAUUAUACAUCAUAAUGAAAUUGAAAAUAUUGGCAAUAACAAGAGAAAUAAUGAUGAUAUAACGGCCUUAAAACAAACCGAUCCCAAUGACAAUGAAGAAGACGAUCAGGAUGUUGAGAAAACGGAUUCGAAUCUUUUGCUUUUAAACAAAAAGGGCAACAUAGAUGAGGAAAUUGUGGAAAGUGUUUCCCAGUUGGAAUCGGUUAUAACAAAAACUAUAGAAAAUACCAAGAAUUUAGAAGACAUACCAGACAUUGUAGUGGACCAACCAGAGGACGAUUUAUUGGCGGAAGUUUUGCAACCUUUAAGUCCCCUAGAUGAGGUAGAGACCCCAGCUAAGAAUACAGAUAAUCUUAAUUUAAAUACAGUCUAUGAGAAUCCCAAUGAACUGGACUCGGAUGAUGCCUUAACCAAUAAUAAUAACAAUGAUUUUAAUGUGGCCGAGGUCCUUGACUCCUUGACACCCUCCUCUACCAUCACAAACACCUUGACGGGCAAUAAUUCGCCAUUAGUAACAUUGGCGGGGGUAAAUAAACAAGAAAAUUUAGAAAGUUUUUCAGACAGCACUACACCAUUUAGCUUGACCAGCAGCAGCAGCAGCAGCCAUAAAGACAAUCAUUUAGAUUUAUUUUCAUUGUCAUCGUCAUCCUCAUCAUCUACACCCCAAGGUCACUCUCAUCACUCCUCAUUUAGUAGUGAUCCACAUCAUUCAGUUACUGAAAUCACCACAAAUUCACAUUUAACACCUGCAAUUUUAACCGAUACAACUACGACCACCACCACAAAUACACCACUUGAAUCUGAAACCUCUUCUAACACUGCGUCUGUAACAAUUCCAUCGUCGUCGUCGUCUUCGUCCUCCUCCACCAUGUUGUCAACUGUUUUGAAAAAGGAUGAGACCACAAUUGAACCAGAAGAUAAUCAAGAUUUACUAAGCAAAUCGUCUACCACUACCGCUCAAUCUACCGACGAUUCAAAUGCUUCGGUCUCUGUCACCACCGUGCUACCUACAACUACCACUACUCAGGCUACCACAACAGCUGUUCCAACCACACCCGAAGUUGUUACUUCUACCACAGCUUUGCCUGAUUAUGUGGAACCAAAGAUUGAAAAUUCUCCACCCAUGAUUAAGUCACGCUUGCAGAAAUUAGCUGUUACCUCGGGCAAGUCCUUUACAUUUGCUGUACCCGAAGAUACUUUCUACGACAAUGAGGAUUUGUCGAAUUUGCGUUUGGAAUUAACCGAUAAGGAGAGUCGUGAAUUGAAAUCAAACUCAUGGUUGCAAUUCAAUGCUGAAACUAAGGAAAUUUAUGGAUUACCUUUAGAUGAUGCUGUCUCCAAAUGGCAAUAUCGCCUCACAGCCACCGAUUCGGGUAAUGAGUCUGUAACAGAAACUCUAGAGAUAUCAGUGCAACAACAUCGUGGUGUCCGAACAGUAAAUCAUGAAAUUAAUAUCUCUGUGAAAAUCAAUGAAAAGAACAUGCACUACAUAGACUGGCAAAUGAACUUGAUAAAUGCCAUUGCUACCACACUCGGGGACGACAAUACCAACUCAAUUGUGGUGCGUGAAAUACGUGCUAAUCCCCAAGAUCCCAACACUGCCACUUUGGUGUACUUCAAUGAAACUCUGCCCACCAGUGAGUGUCCCGAACGUGAACUUAACAAUUUGGUUAAACGUUUAGAUGUCAGCCGCCUCAGUGAUUUGGUGCAACCCACAUUGGGUAUUAAAUCGUUAACUGGUCAAUUGAUAGGUUCUUGUCAAAAGACAGCCGCUGCUAAACCCAAGACACCAACGCUCAAUGUUAAGAAUGCACCUCCAGUACCACGCAAUCAGGUAGAUCGUGUCGUUGCUACUAUGGGCCAUUUGUUGGUCUACAAGGUGCCCAGCGAUACCUUCUUCGAUCCCAACGACAAUGAACUUACCUUGAGCUUAAAGACCAAGGAACACAAAGAACUCGGUCCUCGCCAUUGGUUGCAAUUCGAUUCAAAGAAUGAGGAAUUCUAUGGCGUUCCAAAGAGUGGUGAUAUCGGCUCUGAAGAAUACAUGUUGGUGGCUGAAGAUGCUGGCGGCCUAACAGCUACAGAUGCUCUGGUGGUGCAAGUUAAUCAUGCUCCCAAAAAGGAUUUCAGCCUGUACAUCAAAGUAUAUUUGGCCAUACGCCAUGAACAAUUCACGCCCGAUUUGCAGCGUAAAUUUAUUGAACGCAUUGCUAAUCUGUUUGGUGAUGCCUCCACACAAAAUAUACAAAUACGUUCGGUGACUACACAUCAUGAUUCGGAUGGUACUGUUGUUAAUUUCUAUAAUACAACGUUGUUUAAAACACACAAUCACUGUCCGGAAGAUGAAAUGGAGGUGUUACGUAGCGUCUUCUUGCAGGAUUAUACAGUGCGCGAACGUGUUAAGAAGGCUUUGGGUCCUGAAUUGAAUAUAACAAAUGUUCAAGUGGUGCCAUUGGGUAGCUGCAAUGUCCAAACAGAUGUUACACAUCGUGAAUUUGUGCCCAACAAAACGGAAGAGCCCAUGUUGAAAUCUACAUUCUCGGAAGAUUAUAUGUACACCAUCAUUCUGCCUGCCAUUAUAAUUGUUUCCAUGAUUUUAAUUGCUUCUCUAAUCGCUUGUUGUUUACAUCGCAGAAGACGCAAGAGCGGUAAAAUGGAAUUGGGUGACGAAGAAGAACGCAAAUCUUUCCGUACCAAAGGCAUACCUGUCAUCUUUCAAGAUGAAUUAGAUGAGAAACCUGAAAUUGGUAAUAAGAGUCCUAUUAUUUUAAAAGAUGAGAAGCCACCACUAUUACCACCCUCAUACAAUACCUCAAAUAUGAAUGGUGAUAAUGAUGUCGAUGAAUAUGUUCCACCGCCAGCUGUUGUAGUAGGUGGUCGCGAAGCAAGAGGGAAAUCACCGGCCACGCCAUCAUAUCGCAAGCCCCCACCAUAUGUAUCACCUUAAAUUUGCAGAAAAACUCCAACUAUAAACAAACAAAAAAAAAACAACAAUUUAAGGCAACAAAAUUUAACCAAAAUUACACAGAAAGAAAAUAUUAAGUUGAAAAGGAGACAUUAAAUACAAUAAAUACUUAAUAAUCUAUACAUGGAAAACAAAAAAUAAAAAUAAAAUAAAAUUAUUAUAUUUAUAUGGAAUUAAGUGUCAAAAAAAAACAAAACAAAAUAAGAAAAAAAAACAAUUUAAAAUACUUAUUAUAAUAAUAAUGAAUGAUGAUGAUGAUACUGUACUAUACUUAUAUAUUUAUAACUUAUUGACAAAAAACAAAACAAAAACCUUUAAUUUAAAACACCAAUCACAAACAAAAAAAUCUACUUUUAUAAAAGAGUACUCUAAAUACUUUCAACUACUUAAUUUUAAAUUUAAAAAAAAGAAAGAAAGAGUUAGAAAAACGUAACUUUUUUUUUGUAAACAAUCAUGUUCUUAAAUUCUUUAUAUUUUUUUAAAAAAAUGAUGACAGGAAAUUUAAUACUUUAACAUAUUAAAUAUAUAUGUAUGAAUAUAUAUUAAUAAUUUGUAUAAUAAUAAUUUAAGUUAUAAACUAAGUUUAUAAAAUUUACUUAUAUACGAUAUUUUUUUAAAAGAAAUGUUUAUUAAAGAUUUAAAAGAAAAAAAACAAACAAA